AUGGAUGACGAGGAAGACGACUUCUAUGACCCCGCCGAUUCGGUGCCAGUAACUCAGCCAUCAUAUAACGAAACUCCAGUUCAACAAGAGGAACCUGAUGUCGAUGAAGAAGACGAGGAGGAAGGCGAGGAUGACGAGGAUGACUUCAAUAUCAUCACAGAGGCAUCCGCUGAUGCACCUCCUCCAGAGCUCUCCCAUCCUCGCCAUGCUAGCUUAAGACAAGAAGCGCAACGAACACCUUCUGCAGAUUUAUCGAUCCUUUCAAAAUCUGCCACUCCUGCCACUCCACGUCCUGAUGCGCCAACUGCAGCUCCUGCGACUACUGCGGCCGCAAAGUCUACCACGUCUCAAAAGCCAGGCUCCGAAUAUCCAGCAAUUCACACAUCUACAAUUGACGUUGAUGAUAACCCCGUGCACCCCUCAACUGGGAAGCCGAUCAUGGCCACGGACAUGGAUGCGGAUUUCCCAGCUGACGACAAGCCUUGGCGUCGGCCCGGCACUGAUACUUCGGAUUACUUCAACUAUGGUUUCGAUGAGUUUACAUGGGUUAGCUACUGCUUAAAGCAGCAGGAAGUGCGCAAAGAUGUCGGGAAUCAAAAGAGACAGAUGGACGAUAUGCAGUCCUUCCUUGGCAUGGGAAUGCCCCCAAUGCCCAGUGCACCAGCUGUUCCUGCGCCAGGUCCUCCUGCACCUAUGGCUGGUAUGUCUGGUGUACCAGACAUGUCGCCCGAUAUGAUGCAGGGCAUGCUUGCCUCCAUGAUGUCUCAAGGACUAGACCCAUCUAACAUGGACCCAAUGUCGUUCAUGCAGCAUGCGCAAGCAAUGAUGGGACAGCCUGGGGGCGGUCAGCAAGGUCAACCUGGAUUUGGAGGUCAAGGACAAGGCCAGGUCCAAGGAUUUGGCCAGGGAGGUCAAGGCCAGAUGGGAUACGGAGGUGGCGGCUACGACCAGCGUGGAAAUUAUGGAGGCCGAGGACGUGGGCGAAGAUGGUAG